CCAACCUUUUUUUAUUUUAUUUUAUUUAGUUUUAUUUAACUUCUCUCUCUCUUUUUUUUUUCUUUAUUUUUUACUUACUAUUAUUAUUACUCCAUAAUAUAGUCAAUCUCGACCAAUGACAGCUCAUCAUGAGAAAACGAUCAAAGUAAUUGCCAAAGAUGCAAAGACUGGUAAACAAAUUAAACUUGCCUAUGUUAAUAAAAAGAUUACUGGCAAUGGUUCUUUUGGUGUUGUAUAUCAAACGCGACUUGUGGAAACCAAUGAAGAUGCUGCCAUUAAAAAAGUAUUACAGGACCGAAGGUUUAAGAAUCGUGAACUACAAAUUAUGCGUCUAGUUCAUCAUCCUAAUGUUUGUCAACUCAAGUCUUAUUUUUAUAAUCAAGUUGAAAAUAAAGAAGAUGAAGUCUAUUUAAAUUUGGUUAUGGAAUAUGUGCCAGAUACAUUAUAUAGAGCUACAAGACAUUAUGCUAAAGCAAAACAACAUAUGCCUAUGAUACUUGUUCAAUUAUAUAUGUAUCAAGUGAUUCGGUCUUUAGCUUAUAUUCAUUCACUUGGUAUUUGUCAUCGUGAUAUUAAACCUCAAAAUGUAUUACUUGAUCCAGCCACUGGUAUAUGCAAAAUGUGUGAUUUUGGCAGUGCAAAAAUCCUUGUUCCUGGCGAACCCAAUGUAUCUUAUAUUUGUUCUCGUUAUUAUCGUGCACCUGAAUUAAUUUUUGGAGCUACAAACUAUACUCUCAGUAUUGAUGUUUGGUCAACAGGUUGUGUAAUGGCUGAGUUGAUCUUGGGACAACCCUUCUUUCCUGGUGAGAGUGGUAUAGAUCAAUUAGUAGAAAUCAUCAAGAUUCUGGGCACACCUUCAAAAGAACAAAUUGCUGCAAUGAAUGCAAGUUAUGUUGAACAUAGAUUUCCUUUAAUUAAGCCACACCCAUUAUCCAACAUCUUUACGAAUGCUACUGUGGAAGCAAUUGAUUUAUUAUCACGUAUGUUACAAUAUCAUCCUCAACAAAGAAUUACUGCUAUUGAAGCAUUAUCUCAUCCAUUCUUUGAUCCUAUCCGUGAUCCAAACACAAGAUUACCUGAUGGUCAACCUUUACCACCUGUAUUAAAUUUCACGAAAGAAGAAUUAUCUAUUCGUCCUGAUUUAAUUAGAAGAUUAGUUCCUUCACAUUGUGAACAAGAACUUCUUUCUAGAGGUAUUGAUAUUCAUCAUUUUGAACCUAUUCCUGUUGAACAAAUGAAGAUAUCUCCAACAGCCAUUUAGAUUCGUUCUAUUAUACAAUACAUACAUAUAUACAUUUUGCUCUUAUAUGUAUAUAUACAUGUGUAAUAUGUAUAUACAUGUGUGUGUAUGUAUAUGUAUAUAAAUCUAUAUAUACAUGUGUGUAUAUGUAUAUAAAUCCAUAUAUAUACAUUUAUAAAUAUAUAUUAAUUUAUUAUUAAAAAAUGUCAAAUUGAAUCAUCU